CAUUUUUAAUCCUCUCUGAAACGUCAGCAGUUCCAUGUUGUGUUUAUUUCGUUUUGCAGGUGGUUGAAUUACAUCAUCCGCCAGUGACGUCCUGGAAAAGAUUCUUGAAGGGGCUGCGUGCUGUGCAUGGCUGCCCAACCGACCAACGUGGGGAAUGCAAGCGGCGUGAAGGAGUUCGUCCUCAUCGGCCUCUCUGGGAGCCAAGGCGUGCAGGAGGUUUGCUUUGUGAUGUUUCUUUGCUUCUACACCAUUAAUGUGGCGGGAAAUCUGCUCAUUAUUGUCACUGUGAUCAGCAGCCAGCGUCUGAACUCCCCCAUGUACUUCUUCCUUGGCUACCUGUCCUUUGUAGACAUCUGUUACUCCUCCGUCACGUCUCCCAAAAUGAUUGCCGACUUCCUUGCGGAAAACAAAUCCAUCUCCUUUGUGGGCUGCAUAGCACAGCUCUUCGGGGUCCAUUUCUUUGGCUGCACGGAGAUCUUCAUCCUCACAGCGAUGGCCUACGAUCGCUACACGGCCAUCUGCAGACCUCUCCACUACAGCGCGCUGAUGAGCCGGCGCACGUGCGGCCGCAUGGUGCUGGGCUCGUGGCUGGGAGGCUGCCUGCAUUCCGUGCUGCAGACUCUGCUGGUCGCUCGGCUCCCCUUCUGUGGCCCCAACAAAGUUGACCACUACUUCUGCGAUGUCCACCCCCUGCUACAGCUGGCCUGUGCCGACACCUACACCGUCGGCCUCAGCGUCACCGCCAACAGCGGGAUGAUAGCUCUGAGCUCUUUCUCCGUCCUGGUUGUGUCUUACGCGGUGAUCUUGGUCUCCUUGAGAAGCCACACAUGGGAAGGACGGCGCAAGGCCCUCUCCACCUGUGGGUCCCACAUCGCCGUAGUGGUUCUGUUCUUCGGGCCGUGCACCUUCACCUACGUGCGUCCAUCCAGUGACCUCUCGGAGGACAAGAUCGUGGCGCUGUUUUACACCAUCGUCGCCCCCAUGCUGAACCCCCUCAUCUACGCUCUGAGGAAUAAAGAGGUCAAGAGUGCCGUGAGAAAACUGUGGGGUGGAAGAGUAGGAAGUGAAGAGGGAAAGGUGUAGAACCGUGGGCAGUUUUCACGAAGGAUCUUUCACCAUGAUGUAUUUGGUCACUGCCACAAAAAAUGGU